UUUUCCCCCGUCCUUUUGGUGGCAUCCUUAAUAAAUAUUGUUAACUGAUGUUAACUAUAUACUUGUCUAAAUGUUAGCCAAGUCAGACAUACAUUGAUAGAUUUUAUUUCACAUUCAUGAACACUAAACAUCCUCCAUUUACCAUGACAGAAAGCAAGAAAGCCUAUGUGACUCUUUCAUGCGGGAAAAUCGAGACUAGGCAAGAGAUUGCUAAUGGGAGAUAUGGGCAAAGAGGAUAGGGCUUCCAGUGUCUGUUAAUACUGGAGAGUUCAAAACACCUGCACUACUGUCAAUCAUUACAGAUUCACAUGUCAAUUGGCUCAUCUUCCGUUUUUACUGGGGAAAUACAGAAGACUGCUCUUUUGUGUAUUUUUGAGUAGUAACUCGUAACAUCCUACUUCAGUGGAGAACACAAUCCAGUUUUAUUCGAACAGCAAUGAAUUGAAUGUUCAAGUUCUGCAACCCUGCCAAGUAUCCUGUUUCUGUGGUUCUAAAACACACAUAUUUAAGGACUUACCAAUGAACAUCAGCUGAAUGUCCAACAGAUGGCCUUGCGUGUUCACACGCACCCACGCAUGCACGCGGGCAGUAAAGUAUGAGGGACUGCUCAGUUAUAAAACCUCCUUCACCAGACACUCAAAGAAAUCAUUCCCGAUCAACCAACCAACUGCCUCUGACACCAGCAACAAAUCCACACUCGCAAUGGAACAAGCAAAGCAAAACAACAGGUUCAGCCCUGGAACAAAGCCCACAGGUUCUGACUGAUGCAGCUAAAGAGGAAGAACAGUACACUAGGAGCUCAUCAUGGAUCCGAUGAACAACACAGCUGCCAUUCGGAUGCCAUUCAACUGUACUGUGGACACCAGAUACCGCUUCACCUACUACCAGAUCUCCUACAGCCUCAUCUUCAUUUGCGGCUUGGCCAGCAAUGGCAUGGCACUCUGGCGUUUUUGGCUCGUGCCAUGGACUCUCACCAGCAAUGUAGUCUACAUGGCCAACUUGGCCGUCGUUGACCUCUUCUUCAUUCUUUCCCUCCCACUGCGUAUCUAUUAUUACUACAACCGGUCACACAGCAUGGCGUGGUCUCCUGGAAGUGUCUUCUGCAAGCUGACCUUUGCCCUCAAAUACAUCAGCAUGUAUGGAGGUAUCUUCUUCCUGGUGUGCAUAGGGCUGGAUCGCUACUUUGCCGUGACGCGCCCCAUGCUGCGGCGACCGAAGCAAGCACAUAAUGCCUGCAUGGUCAGCACCACUAUCUGGUUAAUGGUACUAGCGCUGAGCUUGGCACUUCCAUUCAUGCACUCUGCAGCCUCCAAGAGUCAGCACAUGUGCCUGCUCGACCCAUCUUUGGGGCGCCAUCAAUCCUUCAUCCUGGCAGCGCUGGGUCUGGUGCUGGUCGCAUUCCUGCUGCCUGCACUUCUUCUGCUGUUCAGCUACUGCCGUGUGUUGCGGGUGCUUGGCAGAAUGCCUCACCGUGGAAAAAGCCGCCACCGACGCACUCUAUCACUCAUCUACUGUGUGUUGGGUAUCUUUCUGCUCUGCUUCGCCCCAUACCACACCAACCUGCUGUGUUACACACUCACUCACGUGGGCGUUGUGCCCAGCUGUGGUCUGGCUAAAUUUGCAAGUGCGCUUCACCCUGUUAUGCUCUCACUGGCCAGUGCCAACUGCUGCCUCAACCCACUUGUCUACUACUGCUCCAGCAGCCUGACAAACAAAAAUGAGGCCAGUGGCCAGAGCAGCCGGGAACCAGAUUCUAGCUUUAGUUCCAGAAGGAAGCAACUUAUAGGAAAAAUUUCACCAUGAUCCCAUCAGGGAAGCAGAACGAAUGAGCUUCAGCAUCAUUGUUUAAGGUAAUGACCAGAUAAGGAGAAUAUAAAAAUGAAAUAUACUGAGUGUAAUUUGCUCGAUUUGUGCACUUCUGUUUUCGCCUGCGCUGAUGUGUAAGACUGAACAGCCAAUCAGAGAAUUCACCCCCACUGGCCUCUGACAUCAUUCAUCGUGCUAAAAUCGACCAAACCAGUGCCAACAAGCACCAAUUACUUUUCACAUGGUAAACACAAUAAAGAUUACAGUCAUGUUAGUGCUAGUUUUCUUAGGCUAACAUCUGCAUAAUAUUUUAUGACUGUCAAUAUUCCUUUAAAUGAUUAUUACCAACACAUCCUACUAUAUUAUAAAAGUCAACUUCCACACUUCCGCUUCGCGUUACUUUUCAACAUGUCAUGUCAACAUUCCAGAUGCAUUAGAUGACAGGAGAACUCACCGAUUUC